UGUGAUCUGCCGCUUUCACACGCUGAAGUAGGGAAGUUUGUGAAUUCACUAAUAGAAGCUGAUAACAUUACAUUUAACAGUUCUCCUGGUACUUCGCUUGCAAAGAAAACUAUGGCGCUAUCGUUUGUGAUACCAAUGUGCGUUAUGACAUUAUUUUGGGGACUCAUUGGAGGAGUUUGUCCGUGGUUUGUUCCUAAAGGACCGAAUAGGGGAGUCAUUGUUACCAUGCUGGUUUUAACUGCAGUUUGCUGCUACCUGUUCUGGCUGAUUGCUAUUCUAGCACAACUGAACCCAUUGUUUGGGCCAGCACUGAGCAAUGACACCAUAUGGUAUCUCUAUUAUCACUGGGGAUAGCAUUGUAGUCUCCUAUUCUUGAUCUACAUCAGAUGCUUCUUUGCCACCCCAAAAUUAACCAUUCAUUUUCUCACAAAGAGCAUAUUUCUCAUUCCCAAAACUUUAAGCACACCUGUUUGCAAAACAUUCUUGUGUUUUAAGACAGUCAUAUACUUACCUAUUUGACUUGUAAAGAAAACAACAAACAAACACUUGCUUACUUUUUAUCUUUUUCCUUUCCCUUGUUGAAACCUUGGACCUAUAUAUUGAUUGUACAUUUACCCUGUUGUAUUUCUUCUCUGUUCUUACUUUUGUAUUUAUGUAACUGCAGACCUGUAAUAAAACAUUUGAAGUGAA